AUGAACUUCACGAAGCUGUUCAUACUGGUGGCGAUUGCGGUGCUAGUGAUCGUUGGUGUGCAGCCCGCGGAUGGUGCACCCCGUUGGAAGUUCGGCAAGCGGUUGGAAAAACUUGGACGUAAUGUGUUCCGGGCGGCUAAGAAAGCGCUGCCAGUCAUUGCCGGCUACAAAGCCCUUGGAUAG